AUGAAUUCUGCCUCAUCGCCAGAUUUUCUCAACAUUUCUUAUAAUAUAAUCAGUAUAUCAAGUAUUCCAAUUUACAUCCUUGGAUUUUAUUGUGUUCUCACAAAAUGUCCAAAAUCUGGGAUUAUUUUGAAAUGGUGUUUAUUAAUUUCCUGUUUCUGGUGUUGUCUAAUGGAUUGUUUUGUGAAUAUUUUAAUUCAUCCAAUGAUAUUAUUUCCACAAUAUUGUAUUUAUACUUUGGGACCAUUUACAAUGUAUUUUGAUGUUUCUCAAGAAUUUCAAGUGUUUAUGUUUUUCUUUACAUUUUCUGGUGUUAGCACAUCUUGUAUUUGUAACAUCGGAAAUAGAUAUCAUCAUAUCAAAAAUAUUCGAAUCCGUCCAAUCAUUUUUCAUGCUUCUAUUUGUUUGCUGAAUCUAUGUUUCCAGAUUCUAUUCAUGAUUGCACUUUUUAUCAAUGUUCCUGAUCAACAAUCUGCUCUUCAAGUAGUCUUUUCUUCCCUUCCAAAUCUCCCUCCAAUAUUUCAUCUCAUGACACCUCCAUUUGUUUUAUCUCUAAAUAAAUCUUCCACACUUCUCAAAAUAACUGUGAUCGGACUUUUAAUAAUUGGACAAUAUUUAACGUUCUUCGGUUUUGUUUAUUAUGAACUAUUCCUGAUUACAAAUAGUUCAAUGAGUAUUGCCACAAGAAAAUUACAAAAAUCGUUGUUCAUUGAUGUCACAAUACAAAGUCUAGUUCCAAUUGUAUCAAUGACCAUUCCAUUUUCCUAUUUCAUCGGAGCAGGGAUAUACAAUUAUCACAAUCAAGGUAUUCUGCAUAAAAUGAGGGAAGAGUUAUUUUUAAUUGUAUCAAAACUAUUUCCAGCUUUGAAUAAUAUAUCUUUCAUUUCAUUUGGUUUACACGGUAUUAUUAAUGGUAUAACAAUGUUACUUAUCCACAAACCAUUUCGACAAUUCAUGUUUUGUUAUUCGGAUAAAAUUCGAAAAACAGAAGUGCCUAUUAUAUCUGCAUGGGUAGAUAGAAAAACUCUAUAA